AUGAACGAUUUUGGGUCAAAUUCAACGGGUCAUAUAUUAGAUCAACUUCCUUCAUCUUCAAAUCAACAACACAUUCCUGUAUUUCAUAUAAAUAAACAACAUAUUGUCAACGAGGAUUAUUACGAUUUGGAUAGUAUUUUAGCAAUGAAAGCAAAUGUUCAUUGUGUAUUUGAAUCAGGAACUCCUCUUGAAAUCUUCCCAUUAAUUGGACAAAAGUUGCCCGAAGCAAUCGUUGAAAAAACAACUCAUCAAACUGUUGUUCCUGUUUGGUUACUUUCUGCAGGGAUUGGAGAUAUUUGUCGGUUUAACUUGCCAAAUGCCUACAACAAAAUUAAUUCUGAUGUUAUUGCUGCUGGAGCAGCUUCAGUUAAUUUGGAAACUACUCGUAUUGUGGCAAGACAGCAUUAUUUUUAUUUGUUGGGCAUCUUUUUGUGCAGUUUAAAACCUCGUGAUCUACUCGAUGAAAGUGAGAAAAUGCUUUUUUAUGCCAUUCAACACUCUGAACGUCUUCAACAUGACUGGGUUAUACGUGAACUUUCUCAUUCCAAACGACGAUCAACAAAGCGUAAAUUUAAUCAAGAAUGUGGUUCUUUUUUACUUUGA